GCUUCCGCUGUGCAAGGACGCGCUGGGCGGCUCGCGCAAACCCGGCGCAGUCGGGAGCCUAGCGGGCGGCGCAGCCGGAUGAGGGGCGCAAUGGAGCCGGAGCCGGAGGUGCUGCUACAAGAAGCCCGCGAGAACGUGGAGGCGGCGCAGAGCUACCGGCGGGAGCUGGGCCAGCGGCUGCAGGGGCUGCGGGAGGCGCAGAGGCAGAUAAAGGAGAGUGCUUCACAGACAAGAGAUGUCCUGAAACAACAUUUUAGUGAUUUAAAAGGAACCCUUGGAAAACUUUUGGAUGAGCGAUUGGCGACUCUUUUGCAAGAGGUGGACACCAUUGAACAGGAGACCAUCAAACCGUUAGAUGACUGCCAGAAGCUCAUAGAGCAUGGAGUUAACACCGCGGAUGACCUUGUCCGAGAAGGUGAGAUUGCCAUUCUUGGUGGUAUAGAAGAACAGAAUGACAAAUUGUGGAACUUUACCAAAAAGGCCUCACAUAUUCAAUUGGACAGCUUACCAGAAGUGCCUUUAUUAGUUGAUGUACCCUGUUUGUCGGCUCAGUUGGAUGAUUCUAUUCUUAACAUAGUGAAAGACCACAUUUUUAAGCACGGAACAGUAGCUUCCCGCCCACCAGUACAGAUUGAAGAAUUAAUAGAGAAACCUGGAGGCAUCAUAGUACGAUGGUGUAAGGUGGAUGAUGACUUUACAGCCCAAGAUUACAGGCUCCAGUUCCGUAAAUGUACUGCCAAUCAUUUUGAAGAUGUGUACGUAGGGUCUGACACUGAAUUCAUAGUGUUGCAUAUAGACCCCAAUAUUGAUUAUCAAUUCAGAGUCUGCGCCCGGGGAGACGGCCGGCAGGAGUGGAGUCCUUGGAGUGUACCCCAGACAGGUCAUUCCACACUGGUGCCUCAUGAGUGGACACCUGGCUUUGAGGGAUACAGUCUGAGCAGUCGAAGAAAUAUAGCACUCCGGAAUGAUGCCGAGUCCUCAGGUGUUCUCUACUCCAGUGCUCCAACCUACUUCUGUGGGCAGACAUUAACAUUCAGAGUUGAAACUGUGGGACAGCCAGACAGACGAGACAGUAUAGGAGUGUGUGCAGAAAAGCAGAAUGGCUAUGACUCUCUGCAGCGGGACCAAGCUGUGUGCAUCAGCACCAAUGGUGCAGUGUUUGUAAAUGGCAAAGAAAUGACUAACCAGUUGCCUGCAGUUACCUCUGGAUCCACUGUCACAUUUGACAUCGAAGCGGUGACUCUAGGAACUGCUAACAACAGUGAAGGUGGCCAUGUCAAGCUCCGAGUAACCAUCAGCUCCAGUAACAGGGAGGUGGUGUUUGAUUGGCUGCUUGACCAGUCCUGUGGCUCUCUUUACUUCGGAUGCUCCUUUUUCUAUCCUGGAUGGAAAGUCCUGGUGUUUUAGCAUUUGUGAGGGCUUGUCCUUGAUUUGAGGGUUUGGUGUUUCUGUCCUCAGCCUAGCUUAGUUGAAUCUGACUUUAAAAAGGUGAGCUUACUUCUUGGAUCACCAAAUGGAAAGUAUUGCCAGUUUGCAUUGUUAUAUAUCAAUAAGAGGCCAGGGGUUGGUGUCACAGGCCUUUAAUCCCAGUGCUUGGGAGGUAGUUGCAGGUGGAUCUAUGAGUUCAAGGCCACCCUAGAAUACAGAGCCAGUUCCAGGACAGCCAGGGUUAUACAGAGAAAACCUACUUCGAAAAAAAUAAAACCAGUAAUAUUUUAAUUAGAAGUGAGCUGAAUGAGGUGAACAGAACUAUAGUUCAGUUUUGUUUUUAGCAUAAACACCAAACUCCUGCUUUAAAAGUCUGCAUACUUUCCCAGAGUUCUUCCUAAACUUGGUUGGUUAGAACGGAAAAAUGUCAUAUUAUUAAAUCUUCAUCAAGAUCAAAGGCCAUUGGCACACGCCUUUAAUCCCAGCACUCGGGGGAGGCAGAGGCAGGCGAUCUCUGUGAGUUCGAGACCACCCUGGUCUACAAGAGUUAGUUCCAGGACAGCCUCCAA